AUGCCCUACUCCGUCCCCACCCAGCAGCCCACCGCCGUCCCCUUCCCUUCCUCCUCCUCCACGCAGCCCACCUAUUCACAGGGCCGGACAGGGCACCGCCGCUCCUUCUCCCACAUCACCCCGCCAGAAACGCUCACAUCCACCGCACCAACGGGCGCCUUCGCUCCUAUGCGCCCGCCCCCGCGCAGGCGCUCAGCGUCCUCCUCUGCCACUUCUUUUUCUACUUCGACGUACCCGACAGCCACCCAGUCCGCACCGGCCACGCCCACCGGUACCGGUGCAGGCGCAGGGCAGCGCAAGUUCCACCUUGGCCGGGAAGAUGACGACUCCGACUCACCUGACGACACACAGUCACAACUCCAAGCGCAAGCCCAACUCCAAGCGCGAAAAAUCACCACCCACAACAUCCCCCACCAAGACGACGACGACGACGCAGGCCGCACCCUCCCGCCUCUCCGCCUCAAAAAACCGCUCGGGUCCUCGUUCGACGGCGCGCGCGGCUCGCCCCCGCCCCAGAUCAUCCUGCACCACCCCUCACCCUCGCGCGUGUCCAUAUCCACCGCAGGCGCGAGCGUCCCCUUCCCGCGCUCCUCGCCCCUCAACUCGCCCUCGCCCACCACCUCACGGCCCGCCCCACCCAGCGUCACCGUCCAAAUCCCCUCAACCACCACCUCCAACCCCACCUCUCCAAGCAACGACUCCCGCCCGUCGCGUCCCUCCGUCGCCCGCACAUCCUCCACCCCCAUCCUCCUCUCCAACGGCAAGCCCCUCCGCUCCUCCCUCAAAUCAUCCAGCUCCUCGCCCAACAUCCCCUUCCCGCCCCAGUCGCUCGUGCCCAGCAUCAUGUUCCCGCAGCUCCAUCCCCACCACCACCAUCAUUAUCAUUAUCGGUAUGCGUCGCAGGCGCAUGGGCAUGGGCAUGGGCAUGGACAUCAUGGGGGCCAUGGAGUACACCAGAGGGCGGCCUCGGCGCCUUCGACACCGCGUUUCGACAGCUUACCGGCUCCGGCUGCGAUCGCAUCCUCCGCAUCCCUUUCUUCACCUUCGCCCGCCUCGGGCAGCUCGUCCUCCCUCUCAGCCUCUCUCUCACCUUCCCUCGACCCCUCCGCAUCAGACGCUCUCGAUGCCUCUUCAUAUUCAAGUUACCCAGAAGACUACCCCUACCCCCCACCCUCCCCCUCCCCUCCCCCCACCAAGAACGUCCACUUCCCCUCGCAGGAAGAAGGCGGCCUCGCCACCGUGCGCGUGUUCAACCGGUCUGCCAAGCCGGCGUCCUUGUCCCGGCUGGGCGACGAGACGGAGACGGAGACGGAGGGAGAGUCGAGUGCUGCGGGCUGUGGGGGUGGGAGCGGGAUGGGGCCGUUUGGGAUGAGGUGGGGGGCGGUGGGGCGGUGGAGUCCUUGGGGUGCAGGGGCAGGGAGGAGUAAGAGCCCGUUGGCUGGUGGGAAGGAAGAGGCAAAAGAGACGAAGAAAGAAAUAUUCGACGUCGACAUGGGCAACUCCUCGCCUGUCCCCGCGCGUGGGGCCGAGCGCGCAGAGGGCAACGUCUACCUCGAGAGUCUGGGGUUCGCGACUGAGCAGAUGGGCUGGGAUGCAACAUCCCCGACCCCCACCCCCAAACGCCCCUUGACACUCACCGGCACGCUCCUCGUGCGCAACGUCGCGUACCACAAGACCGUCGCGGUGCGGUUCACCCUCGACGAGUGGCAUACCACGAACGAGGUAUCGGCGCGGUACGAGAAGUCGUUGGCGGCGCUCCCGCCGCGCCGCCCCUACGCCCUAGACGAAUCCACAGCCUGCACAGGCGGGAUACCAGCGUGGGACCGGUUCAGGUUCGAGCUCUCCCUAGAAGACUUCGCACCGACCCUCCCCACUCGGACGAUGUGGCUCGUGGCGCGGAAGGUUGAGGUUGAGGAGAGGGGUGCGGAGGGGGUGGGUAAGGUGGAGGGCAGUGGGAAGCAGGAGGAGAAGGCAGGACAAGGACAGUUCGGGUUUUGGAUCGGGAUCGGGUUGGAGGGGUCGGCGUCGUUAGACGAGAGUUGGAAGAAGGGUUGGAUGGGUGGAUGGGUGGAUGGGUGGAUGGGUGGAUGGAUGGGGGAUGGGUGGAAGGUUGGGAUGGGCAUCUCAGUGGUUAUAUGCGCCUCCGAAGCGCCGAUAUGCGUCUUUUCUCACCUCUACCGUUACGCUCCGUGUAUGCGCUUGCUGACCACCUCUCUCCAUGCUCUCUCUUCCUCUUCAUCGUCACCUUCACCGUCAUCGCCAUCGCCAUCGCCACCCUCUCUUCACCCCCACCCUCAUCGACCAACAGCCGCCUUCUCGCCCCCCAAGCCCUACCCCGCGCCCCCCCAAAUAUCAUCCUCGCUCUCCUUCCCCGGUUCCGGCAGUAUCUCGCAAGCGCAGAAGAUGGAACAGCAAAAACAGCGCGAGGCGCUCACCCAGACGACGCUUGCGCGGUUGAAGAAGCUGAAUUUGAGGAAUUAUUCGGCGCCGGCUGGGUAUGGCGCUAGUGGGCUGUCACCUUCCGCUUCUUCCUCUCCUUCCGCCUCCGCCUCCGCCUCCACUUCCGCGUCGGGCACAGCGCCUUCGCCGUUGACGCCACCGUCCGCCAGCUCCGAGGAGCAACAUCAACAUGUGCAUGGUCGUACGAUUUCCUCAGGCUCGAUCACGAGUACGAGCACGAGCACAAGCGCGGACUCGACGCCUUUGCAGACGCCCACGCAGGGCGACGAGGACGGCGAGCGCGUGCUGUACCUCCGGACGCGCGGGACGAAGCAUGAUGUGGAUGUUAACGUCCUUGUCUCCUCUGAUGACGACGACCACCGAGCAAAGGUGGAGGAGCAAGAGGGUGGUGUGGAGACACCGCGAUGGAGCACGUUCGGCGAGCGCGCGGCAGGUGUGGUGAUGGGUAUGGUGGGUGGCUUCCCGGCUACGCUCAGCCCGCCCCCGGCGAGUGCGAUGAACAUCGGCAGUGGACUUGGAGGAGGAGGCGGAGGGCCAGGGAUGCCGGAGAUGGGCACGAGCCCGCCGUUCUCUGCGCUCUCUUCGUCGCCGCCGCCGUCAAGGGCGAAGGCGCAUACAACGAGUGGGCUGUACUGGCCUUGGGGCUCGUUUGGCAGGAAGGAAGGGGUGCCGGUGAAGGCGGAGGAUGUGGAUAGUGCGGAUGAGGAGAAGGAAGAGGAGAGGGAAGAGAAGGAGCCGUCGCCGUCCGUAGCUUCGCUGCUCGAGGAUAUCAAGGAAAAGAGCACGUCCCCGUCCCCGUCCUCCUCCCUGUCCUUGUCGGGCUCCGGCCCGGCCAUCGGUGCGGGCCCGCUUGCGCCUCCGCAGAGGAGACGGCAUCAGCACCACCACCAGAACCAGAACGGGCAUGCGAAUGCGAAUGGCCACCACCAGCACCACCAGCAUGGACCGGGACAGAAGGCGAGCUUUAGCCUUGGGAGUGGGAGCGGGAGUGGGUCGUCGAGCAGUGCGAGUGGGAGUGAUACGGGCACGGUUACGCAGCACCAGCAGAGGACGAAGCGGCCGACCCUCCUCCAGGGCCAAGGCCAGGCGACGUCGACGUCCUUCGGCGCUGCGAUGGGCCGAUUGGGGCAUUCCUCCUCUUCUUCGUCGUCUGUAUCCUCGUCCUCGUCCUCUGAGACGCUCCUCCCUUCCCUAUCUUCGACCUUGACCGCGGGCCAUCCUUGGCCUUCGCAAGCCCAAGCCCAGCAGCAGCAGCAGCAAGGGCCGCCGCGGACACUUUCUCCCAUCCAGAACCGCGUGCGUCUCGUGGGCGCCAGUACCGGUAGCGGUAACGGCAACGGUAGUGGUAUAGGUAAUGGCAACGGCACACCACCCUACCCCGGCUCGCCCAAACGCGUCUUCGCGCCCUUACCUUCCGAACGCGAACGUGGGGCUUCGUCGCCGCUCCGGACGUCGCCCGUCGGGUCCUCUGCUGCGCUCUCCUCACAAGCUAAUGGGAAUGGGGCAGUCGCAGUCGGUGGCAGCUCAGACAGCCUAAGCUCCAAACAGCCCGACGACGCGCUGUACCAGGCUUUCGUGCGCCAGUGGUGCUUCGCCCAGGGCCCGGGGCCGGUGGUGGGUGCGACCACCACGGGUACGGGUACGGGUACGGGUACGGGGGCGGGGAUGGGGGCGGGGAUGGGGACGCCGAGCGCUGCGACGCCGGGCGAGGGGCCGCGGUUGGUCGUUGGUUGA